UAUCGGUCACACAGCAUAUUUGUAGGUUAUGAUAAUAUCACUCAUCUCGUAGCCUCUGUUUUAUGAUCUUAAUUACAUAACUACUACUAUACAACGAAGGGCGAUCAUAGGACGAUUGGCACUCACCGAUGCGCACAUUAUAAUUUAUGUAAACAUGCCAGAAAGUACUGGGCGAUUUGGUCCUCUUGUUGGGGCGAUUGAUGAGGGAACGAGCAGUGCCAGGUUUUUAGUGUUCAGCGUUCGACGGAGAGAAGUUGUCGCCUCGCAUCAGAUCGAGAUAAAGAAUAUAUAUCCACAGGAAGGAUGGGUUGAACAGGAUGCCAAGGAGAUACUGAAAGCGGUGCAUCAGUGCAUCAUUAAGACAAUUGAGAAGUUGAAAGCGAUCGACAUAGACAAGGCGGAUAUUAAAGCUAUUGGUAUUACCAACCAGCGUGAAACCACUUUGGUAUGGGACAAGGAAACCGGAGAACCCUUGCACAAUGCCAUCGUUUGGCUGGACAUGCGGACCACGACUACGAUUGACAAUAUCUUGGAUAACGUGCCGAAUAAUACGAGGAAUAAGAAUUACCUCAAACCGCUUUGUGGGCUGCCCAUAUCUCCAUAUUUCAGUGCUCUUAAAAUCCGAUGGCUUAUCGACAACGUUCCAAGAGUUAAGCAAGCUGUUGAGGCGGGAAGAUGUGCUUUUGGAACUGUCGACACUUGGCUGAUUUGGAACCUUACACAAGGAAAACUCCACAUGACGGAUGUUUCCAACGCAUCUCGUACAAUGUUAAUGAACAUUGAGACCCUGAAGUGGGAUCCAUUGCUCUGUCGCUUCUUUGGUAUCCCGCUGGAUAUCCUUCCAGAAAUUCGAUCUUGCUCAGAAAUAUAUGGACAUGUCUCUCACCCAGAAGUUUUGAGCGGAAUACCCAUCUCAGGGUGUGUAGGUGAUCAGCAGGGAGCGCUAAUAGGUCAGUUGUGUCUGAAACGAGGGCAGGCAAAAGCAACGUACGGCACAGGAUGUUUCUUACUCUACAACACGGGGAAUGUGAAAGUUGACUCGAGUCAGGGUCUAAUCACAACUGUUGCUUAUAAAUUGGGGCGCUCUCCUGCCGUCUAUGCCUUGGAAGGAUCAGUCGCGGUAGCUGGUGCGGCACUAUCCUGGCUGCGGGAUAACAUACAACUUAUGGCCAAUGUCACAGAGAGUCAAGAUUUGGCGGAAAGAGUACGUUGCUCUGGUGAUGUCUACUUUGUCCCAGCUUUCUCCGGGUUGUACGCACCUUACUGGCAGCAGGAUGCCAGAGGAGUUAUAUGCGGAAUUACUGAAGACACUCAGCAGUAUCACAUAAUCAGAGCUGCGCUAGAAGCCGUGUGCUUCCAAACCAGAGAUAUAUUGGAGGCAAUGCUGAAAGACGCCGGGACCAGUUUGACUGAAUUGCAAGUUGAUGGUGGAAUGACUGCUAAUAAUUUACUGAUGCAAUUGCAAGCAGAUUUGACAGGAGUUACCGUGGUGAGGCCAGACAUGGUUGAAACUACCGCGUUAGGCGCAGCCAUACUAGCUGGUGUUGGUAUAGGACUAUUGGACAUCAAUGACGUUGUUGCUGAUAAAAUUACGAAGUUUAUACCGCAAAUUAGCGACGAUGAAAGAGAUCUUCGAUAUUCUAAAUGGAAAAUGGCCAUUGAACGUUCUAUGAAAUGGGAUUCUUCCUCAGCACCAAUCGACGGACGAUAACAAUGUGCAACUGUGAAUACCUAGUUUUCACAGUACAGUGAUAUAUUACCUACAAAGACCUAAAUUCGACAAGUUCUAUGGAAACAGAUGUGUUUUG